GCCGGCGCAGCGCGGAGCUGGGGGCGAACCGGACACUUGGGAGGAAGCCGGUGAGGAGAUCCAGCGACGGGAGGGUUACACGGAGUGAGAUGGGCGGGGUGUUGGGCGGAGACUUUCGGGAGCAGCGCUGACCUCGGGGAGACGCUGAACUUGUCCACGCUCCCAGAUGCUGUGCAGGUGGAUUGCUCCCUGUCCCGCUGAGUUGCUUAUUCGAUGAGGUUCCCCACUUACAAAUGUGUCAGUAGACCGGGAGAGAGCUUGCCGACCGCGAACUUUCGAGUCCGUCUUCCUCGGUGAAGUCGCCCCGCGUUGCUUUGGGAAUCCGAAAAUUUCCCGGAUUGGUGUCUGGACGCAGCUCUUGAAUUAUGUGCAAAGUUCACACAGACCAGAGUCGUGUUCCCCGGAACAGACGAAACCCACGUGGUUCACCGGGAGAACGUACAAACUCCACACAGAUGGCACCGGAAUUGAACUCGGAACUCCGACGCCCCGAACUGUAAUAGCGUCGCGCUCGCCGCUACACUGCCCAUUUAUCGUUGGCGCCCUAUCUUUAUUACAACUGGGUGCCGAGGUCGGUUGGGAACGUCUCUCUGAUGGAAUUUUUACCCAGUCCCCAACACCACCCACCGAUUAGCCGCGCACACCCCAUCAGCGUCCGCCGGGGAUUGGCGUGUGUCCUGCUACGGAGGAGCCGACGUGUUCAGGGAUGUCGCCCGAUUUUCCUCGCCCCCACUCAAGGAGCUUGCUCGGAUCACCCGCACCCCCUCGGCGUCUCCGCCUGAGCACUGACCGCCCCGGAGCUCCCGGAUGCACCCAUGGUUCUUGGCCGCACCGCACAGGCAUGUCACAAGCUCGAUUCCUCAUCCUCCUCGUAGCACUGUCCAUGAACUUCCAGAGAGCAUCAUUUGUCAUCCUGGAGAACACAUUGGAGAAGUGGCAGAGAUAUUCCGACGCCUGUUUCAGAAACAUGUCCAGGGACUCCCAGCCGAAAGGUGUGGUGUGUAAUCGGACCUUUGAUCGGUACGCCUGCUGGCCUGAUGGUCUCCCUAAUACCACCGUGAAUGUCUCCUGCCCUUGGUACUUGCCCUGGUACCCUGCAGUGCAGGGUGGAUUUGUGUUCAGGAAGUGUGGGCCUGAUGGUCAGUGGGUGAUGGACUCUGUGAAGCAGCCCUGGAGGGACAGCAGCCAGUGCAUGAAAGACCCCAAGGAUGACCGAGCUGAGCAGGAGCAGGGCAGAAUCCUGGAUGGUUUCUUAGUUAUGAAAACAGUCGGCCUCUCCCUGUCUCUAGGAACCCUGGUAUUGGCACUGGGAAUUCUGGUGGGAUUCAGGAAACUUCACUGCAUGAGGAACUACAUCCACAUGAACCUGUUUGCCUCGUUUAUUCUGCGAGCGGUAUCGAUCCUCAUCAAAGAUGCUCUUUUCAAAACACAAAACAACCAGAUUCCCGAGGGUGUUGACAUUAAAGUCUGGUACAACAAUGAGACAGCUGUGGGUUGUCGGACUGCCCAGGUGCUGAUGCAGUACUGCGUUGGGGCCAAUUACUACUGGCUGCUGAUCGAGGGGAUCUACUUGCACAACCUGCUGGUCAUCACUGUUUUCUCCGAGAGGAACUACUUCAAUAUUUAUUUGUGUAUCGGCUGGGGGUCUCCAUUGCUGUUCGUUGUACCCUGGGUGGUCAUUAAGUACUUAUACGAAAACACUGGGUGCUGGACCACGAAUGAGAACAUGGCUUACUGGUGGAUCAUCCGAACACCCAUCCUCUUCUCCAUUCUGAUCAACUUUUUCAUUUUUAUCCGGAUCAUUCACAUUCUGGUGUCCAAGCUCAGAGCUCACCAGAUGAGGUACACGGAUUACAAGUUCAGGUUGGCCAAGUCUACGCUCACCCUCAUCCCCCUGCUGGGCAUUCACGAGGUGGCGUUCGCCUUCGUCACGGAUGAGCACGCCCAGGGCAUGCUGCGGCAUGUCAAACUCUUCUUUGAUCUCUUCUUACAUUCUUUCCAGGGUAUACUGGUUGCGAUCUUGUACUGCUUUGUCAACAGAGAGGUGCAGUCGGAGCUGCUGAAGUGGUGGAAACGCUGGAAGCUGGGCAAGGACCUGGAGGAGGAGUACCGCCACACCUACAGCCAGCCGGCCCAGGCCCGCAAUGGCAGCGGCAGCCUGGAGAAGCAGCAGCUGGUGGGCGGCUGGCCCAACGGCGUGGCUGAGAGCGGCCCCCGGGGCCCCCCGUUCCCGGCCGGGGCCGAGCACAAGGCGCUGUGCCUGAUGGAGAGUAACUGCUAGUGAGCGCUGAGCAGGACCGACGGGGUGUGGGGGCUCCUGGCAGCGCCCUGCCGUUGGAGUGUGCCUCGUCUCCCGUGGUAGGACGCUGUGACACCCACCCCGCGCUGGUCUGAUGGUGUGUCCCGUGACGGGCACCCCGGCAAACUGAAGUAAUGACAUCCACACGCCGGCCCCCCAAAAAAACGCAGGCGAUCAGACAGAAAACUACCGCUUCACUGCCUCGGCUAAACCCUGCCCUCACAGAGCCGUGAAUUACAAGCGUAAUGCCUUUUCCUCGGCGGACGAGGUUGCUUCAGACUUGAGCGCGAUCCAGUGACCCACACCCUGCCCGUUACGUACCGCACGGCUGCCGAAAAGCGAAAGGGAAAAGAAAAGCCCUUCACCCGAUAUAAGGA